GACAAGACACAGAGGAAGACUAACCAGCUGGCUGUGCUGACUUUCGUCGCCACCGCGGUGCUCCUUCCCCUGGUGCUCUUCCUCCCGGGCGGCCUCCUCUCGAUUCCCAGCGCCUGGAACGCUGCCUUGGCCAAGGGCGUCUCGGCCAAGAGCCUCGGGUUCAUGCUCGCCGCCUCUGGGUUCCACUUUUUCAUGUACCAGCUCUCUUCAUUCUGGGUCCUGUCCUGCGUGCCGCCUAUCACUCACAGC